UUGUUGUGAAUUUUCAUCAAAUGAAAAAGUGAACGAGUGAAGUCAGACGUUUUUCAAUACGCUAAAUAAUUUUAGUAAAAAUAUAAAAUAUCUUUCAAUAAGAGUGUAAAAGUAAUAAAAAAGUGUUGUACUAUUAUAUUUUCACACGCAAUAUUUGUUUUUGAGGCAUAUAUUUACUGGAUUUGCUUUUAAAAUAUUGGUAAAAAGUUGGAAAUUUUCCCUUGCCUGUUUUGCUUCGAAUGCCAUAUUCGUGAUGGUCGUUCUACGUUUUGGUAUAAUAAAAAGUGAUCAAAUAAGAGUGGAUAGAAAGGAGAAGUGAAAUCGAAAAACAAAAAACUAGAGCAGUUGUCAAAAAGUCAUACAUAAAUAAAUUCAAAUCGAAAUACAUAAGCAGUGUAAUAAAGUUUGUUUGUAAUAAAGAGUUGGAAAUGAUCUCCAGUUUUUAAUCGAUAAGUGCAAAGCAAAAAGAAAGUGAAGAAACCAUCUAUAUGGCUAACACGCGUAGUAAAAUCGACGGGAAAACAAAACAACGGGGAAUAGAAAAUAUAUUUUAUGACGACGCACAGGAAGACAGAAUUUCUGCAGCGAAAUCAUCUAAAAACAAAAUAAGUGCUAAUAAAAUACCAUCAAGCAUAAGACAUUUAGAAGCAGAUCAACUAAAACAAGAAGACACAGGAAAAGAGCAAAUGCACACUUUUAGUGAAACAGGUGCCGGUGUGCCGGCCUUCUUGGCUAAGUUAUGGCGUUUAGUGGAUGAUCCGGAUACCAACCAUCUAAUCUGCUGGAAUAAGGAUGGUCGAAGUUUUAUAAUUCAAAAUCAAGCCCAGUUUGCACGAGAAUUGUUGCCCCUGAAUUAUAAGCAUAAUAACAUGGCGAGUUUUAUUCGGCAGUUGAAUAUGUAUGGCUUUCAUAAAAUAACAUCAAUUGACAAUGGAGGUCUAAAGUUUGACCGGGAUGAAAUGGAAUUCUCACAUCCCUGUUUCAAGCGAAAUUGUCCAUAUUUACUUGAGCAUAUUAAACGUAAAAUCGCCAACACAAAGAGUUUGGAUGACAAAUCAGGUUUGAAGCCUGAAGCUGUCACGAAAGUGCUGCAAGAUGUGAAGGCGAUGCGAGGUCGACAGGACUCGCUUGACUCACGUUUUUCUGUGAUGAAACAGGAAAAUGAAGCUUUAUGGAGAGAAAUAGCUUCGCUGCGACAAAAACAUGCCAAACAGCAGCAAAUUGUCAAUAAACUCAUACAAUUUUUGAUCACAAUUGUUCAACCAUCACGCAACAUGACGAGUGUGAAGCGGCAUAUGCAGUUGAUGAUUCAUGAUACGCCGGACAGUGCUAAGCUUCGCAAAAAGAGUGAAUCCGAAUCUGAAUGCGGACCAGUUAUUCAUGAGCUUGGUGAGGAGUUGCUUGACGAAGUCGCCGAUCCGGAUAUUGAUUUAAUGGAUACAUCGAGUCCAUAUGGGAAAAUUAUUUCAAAUAAUGACACAGAUGGCAAUGGUUCACCGCUAAACAUUGAGCGACCUCAUUCUAGUAUCAGCCAAGCAUCCCAACACUACGAAUUUUCGAAUCAGAGUGCCGAGGACGCUGUUAACGCUGCAAUGACAGCUCCGAGCUGUGGUGUUGGUGGUAGUGGUAAUGCAAAUGCAACCAACAGCAUGAUCUCACAGAAGAUCGGUGGUGGAUCCGAUUCAUCAAUUAUACAGUCAAUAAAUCCGGAUGGAUCGCAAAUUGUCUAUCACGUUACUGAGGUACCCGAUGUAAUAGACCCACAUCAUAACGACUUCAUGCCGGGUGCAUCACCAAGUUAUAGUGAGGAAAACGUGUUGACUACCCCCAUGGUGCGCGAACAAAUGGCACGCACACAACAGCUGAAACAAAGAAAUAAGCGCCGACGUAAGCAAAUGGAUGAUGAUACAGCAAACGUUACUGCAUCAACGUCGAAGAUGAGAAACGUUGGCGGAGCACGGCAGUCGCCACAAUUAAUCAAAUGCGAGAAAAAACAAUCAAUCGAUCCAAUGGCAUUCUUAAAUGAUUUCCCAGACGACCGUAACACCCAAGCGGAAUUUCCAAAUGUUUCCUCGAAUCUUAAAGAUGAGACUAUUACAGCUAACCGCGGUACACCUGGUUUGCUAAAUGCUGGCAAUAUAGCAACUGCUGCCGUACAACCAGUCAGCACAGCUAACAAUAGCACCCUACUUGGCCAGUCGACAAACUUUUACAAUCCAAAUGAUUUUAUUACAUCCGAAAUGCCUGCUGAUAUAUUUGAGGAAUCUCCAUUAAUGCCCGUUGAUAGUUAUAAUCAGCAACAACAAAAACAACAACAGCAACUUCAAUAUGGUCGAACGAUGGCUAACAGUGGCAAGUUUUCUUCAUUUGUUGCGCGUGGUAAUAACAAUGGCAUCGGAGUAGCAGCUUCCAAUGGGGCCUCAACAUCUGCCGCUGCCGCAGCUGCUGCCAACCAAUUUAGCAACGACGACAAGCAGAGCAAUAAUGGCAAUUCUCUAGUUACCUCCCAACAACAACAACAACAGGGAAAGAACAAUAAUAAUGGAAAUAAUAUGUCUUUAGCUAAAUAUAAAAGUGGUGGCACGGGCACUGAGGAAGUUAUGCGGUUGAGUACUGGUGAUGAAGUCAAUGACCAUUUGGAAAAUGUACAGGAUGAAUUGGAGUCGCUUAAGGAUUUGCUACGAAGUGAUGGUUAUUCUUUAGAUGCGAACACGCUGUUGUGCAACGGAGAUGCUGCAAACAUGAAUACAACCAAUCGCAUUUCCCUGUCAUCACAACUGGAUGGGGAGUUUCUCACCAAGCUAUUCAAUGAUUCCGAUAUUUUAGGACCAUAUGGUUUGAAUUUGGUUAAUGAAUCCAACAAUGAGAAAAAAGGUUCUGAGCUUAUGUCCUACCAGCCAAUGUACGAUCUUUCCGACAUCAUAGAUAUCAAUGAGAAAAAUGAACUGGAAGCCGUUGAUCACACGAAUAGGCCCAGCAGCUCAAAGCAAUUGCCACAGUUGGAGCAACAACAGAGAGAGCCGCCGAGUGGUUUGAACACACCAUUCAAUGAUUAUUUUGCUAAUGCACCUGAACCAACUAACACACCGCGUAAAAAUGAAUCUGCAACUAUUUCCGAUAGUAAAGCUAAAAUCCCUAACUAGGACAGUCCGCACACUGUCAGCAACUAACUGUGUAUAUUAAAAACAAAACCAGAAUUGUAACAUGUUUAUUACCGUUAUGCAAAUAUGAAACUUAUACUAUUAAUAUGACAGACAUCACAUGAAACAUUUGAGGUUUUAAAAAUAUCAAAAAAUAUUUGAACAAUUUUCAUCAAAUUCACAGUUUUGGGGUAACAUCGAAGCUUUUUAAUUGUUAUGAAAUUAAUUGGAUAAUAAUUGAAUUUAAUAUUCUAUUAAUAUUGUUAUACUUUUGUAGUAAUUUGAAAUUUGCUAUAGUGUUAUAAGCUUGUUAACCUCUUCAUCCUAAAUAAUUUAAAUUCAAUACCAAAUUUUUGAAUGUAUUCUAAGAUGUAAAAUUAUAUUUUUUUCGAAGCCU